GCCAGUUGUCCUUGUGAUUUUCAAAAAGAGAGCAAAUAUGAAAGUGCUGGCGUUCUUGAUGUGUUUGCUGGGCUCUUCACUAGCUGCCCCUGCCCCUGACAGUGGCAGCAAUGAGCAGGCAAUUACUGAUCAUGCUAACACAGCUCUGCAGUUGAUGGAACUCUACAGAAUGUUAGGACAUCUGCAGCAACAGGGUUUUGGUGCUGUUCCUACUGGUGCUCAACUGCCUGCAGCACCUGCAGCACCCGCACCUGCUGAUGCCCAGCCUCAAGUUUCACCUCAAGCACCACAGCAGGGCUUUUUUUUCAACCCCGCUCUUUUCGCACCCACAGGCGAUGGAUCAGAUGAGGAAGGAGCUCCACAGUUUCGUGGGUUUUACCCUCCCUACGGCUACCAGCCUGCCCAGCCGGCUGCUCCGUUGAACUCAGAUGAGGCCAAAGUGGCAGAAGAAGCAGAGGGUGCAGAAGCAGCAGAAGCAGCUGAGGCUGGAGCCGAACCUGAACCUGCUGGAACCGCUGCAAAUGUUGAUGCUACUGCCGUAAACGAGAUCGCACCCGUGGAUGUUGCCAUAGAGGUUCCUGUUGAACCUGUCAUUGCUGCUGUUGUUCCGUCUCUCAUCCCUGAGGUACCAGCAGUCGCUGUGGAAAUCGACACCACUUUGGUGGGGCCUGAUGCUGCUGCUGGUGCAGAACAGGUGUUGGUGGCUGAUGCUCCUGAUGCUGCUCUGCCAGUGCAGUGAGAGAGAUUAUCACAAGCCCCGCCCCCAAGAUCCUAACCAAUCAAUCACAUCGCUGACAUUAAGACCACACCUCUAUGGUCUGAACAUUGUAGC